UGCGCGGCGCAACGCGGCGAUGCGAGCGGCUGGCGGGGCGGCGGCGGCGGCGGCUGGCGCCGGGCCCGAGUGGGUAGUGAGAGCCCAAAGGAAGAACUUGACCGAACCAGCCUCCUCCGACCCAGCCGCUGCUGCCGCCACCGCCACCGCUGGUCCUUGACUUGGCUCUGCAACCAGAAGGAACGGGGAGCAGAGGGGAGGAGACCCUGAAAGCCGGCCAGGGGUCCCCUGGAUGCGGCCGAUUUCAGACCAUGGACCUCAAGUCCAGCAGCUCCCGGAAGUACGUCUCCAUCACCGUCCCGUCCCGGUCCCAGGCCAUGUCCCCGCACAUCAAGGCAGUGGAUGACGUCGUGGUGCUGGGUGUGAACCUCAGCCGGUUCGACACGCUCUCACAGCUCCUCAUCUGCGUUGCCGGGGUGUUCGUCUUCUACCUCCUCUAUGGAUACCUGCAGGAGCUCAUCUUCUCCAUGGAGGGGUUCAAGCCCUACGGCUGGUACCUCACGCUAGUGCAGUUUGCCUUCUACUCCGUGUUCGGCCUCGUCGAGCUGCAGCUUAUCUCCGACAGGCGGCGCAGAAUCCCGGGAAGAACCUACGUGCUCAUCGCGUUCCUGACUGUGGGCACCAUGGGGCUGUCCAACACCUCCCUGGGCUACCUCAACUACCCCACGCAGGUCAUCUUCAAGUGCUGCAAGUUGAUCCCCGUCAUGCUCGGAGGCGUCUUGAUCCAAGGGAAACGCUAUAAUCUUGCUGACGUGUCUGCUGCCCUGUGCAUGAGCCUGGGGCUUAUCUGGUUUACGCUGGCCGACAGUACCGUCGCCCCCAACUUCAACCUGACAGGGGUCAUCCUCAUCUCCCUCGCACUCUGUGUGGACGCCGUCAUCGGGAACGUGCAAGAGAAAGCCAUGAAGCUGCACAGUGCAUCCAACUCGGAGAUGGUUCUCUACUCUUACUCUCUGGGCUUCCUCUACAUCUUCCUGGGACUCGCCUGCACCCGUGGACUGGGCCCGGCCAUGGCAUUCUGUGCCCAGCACCCGGUCCGCACCUAUGGCUACGCCUUUCUCUUCUCCCUCACCGGCUACUUCGGGGUCUCCUUUGUGCUGGCGCUGAUUAAAAUUUUCGGCGCACUGGUCGCUGUGACAGUGACCACAGGCAGGAAGGCCAUGACCAUUGUGCUCUCCUUCCUCUUCUUCGCAAAGCCCUUCUCUUUUCAGUACAUCUGGUCAGGUUUGCUGGUUGUCCUCGGCAUCUUCCUCAACGUUUACAGCAAAAACAGGGACCGGCUGCCACUGCCAUCCUUCUGUGACCUCAUUACCCGGACCAUGGCCGUGAGGAGGUCGCGGCUGCUGACACAGACUGUCUAACUGGGACCAGAGCACUCAGGGCAAGCUGUUGCCGUGGGCCUGCACAUGUGAGGGAGCACUUUGCGUGGGAGCACCGUGUGUGCCCCAGCCACUAACUGUGGCUCUGGAGUGGGAGGACCUCGCCAGAACAGGCCAGGUCGAGGUGGACGCAGUGGCACUGGAAGGAGGCGGAUACAGACUCUCUCCCGUCUUCAUUCCCUCGGGUGGUGUUUACUCCGAUUCUCUGUUGUGAGAGUGAAGUAAUUUAAGUCUAAAGAGGAUAAUUUGAUAAUAAUAAUAAUAAU